CUUACUGUCGCGAAUGUUGCUUUCCUGCCUGGUCCACGAGCAACUGGCCAAUGCGACCCGGGGCGGAAAUUCCCCGAUCUGCCCGUUCACCUGCACAUGUCGCGGUCAACUCGGCGCUGGAUACGGAGCAUUACCACCCUCCCUCUCCCUUGGUUGACUCAACUUAUGGUCUUCUGAAUGAAGCUCCAGCAAUGCAUGCGCUACAAUAACCGGGUUUGGCACCGUCUGCCGUCUGUCGCCCUCCAAUUUCUCUCUCCCAGCCAACCACGACAGCGACGCUGCUUCACGUCGCAAGGAGAAUUCUCGACGACACCUCGCCAAUACCGCGCACUGGAGACUCUGGACAAUGCCGACAUAAAUCAUUUCCGCACGACUUACUUUGCUCCGGAGCGCCCUAUCAUCCUCCCUCGUCGUUCCUUUUGCGAAUUCCCAGCCUUUGAACGUUGGUUCGAACCCGCUCCGACCGACCCCAAUGUAUGUCGACUGAACACGGCCUACCUCGGUCAGCACGGGGCUGGCGCUUUUGUCCCGCUGGAACUCACACAAUCAUCCUCAGACGAUACUGGCAAGACAGGAGCUGACGGGCUCACGUUCCGACAAUUUCACGCGCCGCUGAGCCUGUUCCUCGAUUGGAUUCGCACGGCGGAAACGCUCGAGACACAGUCUACACGUCUGUAUCUAGCACAGUGCCAACUUCUAGAUCUUCCCCAGGUGCUUCGCGAUGAUUUUCCGACGCCGGAAUUGGUAGCGCGGGCGGGUAAAGGUGACGUGUACGACACGAACGUUUGGAUUGGAUAUCCACCAACAUAUACACCUCUCCAUCGGGAUCCCAAUCCCAAUCUCUUCGUUCAGCUUGCGGGACAGAAGGUAGUGCGGUUGUUGUCACCUGAGGAUGGGCAGAAGAUAUUUGGGGCCGUGAGACGACGGCUGGGGAGAAGCGGGGGUCGCGAGGCUGCUGCCAUUCGCGGAGAGGAAAUGAUGCAGGGUCAGGAAAGGGCGCCCCUAGAGCAGGCUGUUUGGGAUGAUGCGACUGCUGUGCCAGGGCUGGAGGGGUACGAAGCGUGUCUCGAGGCGGGGGAUGGGAUGUUCAUUCCCCGGGGAUGGUGGCAUAGUAUUAAGGGAGUAGGGACAGGCGUGACGGCUUCAGUCAAUUGGUGGUUCCGCUGAUCUACGGCACUGAACGGGACAGACACAUUCGACCUUGUAUCUAUAUCGAACCAAACCGAUACCAAAGAAAACCAACUCAACAAAUAAAGGUAGUGGAAAGAGAAGAAGAU